GAGCAAAACUAUGCUCGCUUCGUCCUCCCUUCAACCCCUCAGAAACAUCAUCUCCAUCACCAUCAUCAUCAUCAUCAUCACCAUCGGCCAUUGCCACCCCUCCGCUUGCUAUCCACAUUCCAAUGCCAUCCGCCUCGCCGCCUGUCCUCUUCUGUGGCCGUAGCUUCCGCUGGAGAAAUGCCUCGGUGAGGGCCUACCGCAUGAUCGACUUUGCCAGAGCUUCCUCAGCUGCUACCUCGUGGCUAGUCAGGUACCAUUGAACGAAAGGCAAAGACGAGGUAGGAGCCUCCCGUCGAAAUCCUCAGCUUUAAAUUCCUCGCUCGCCCAUCCUCCUCCGUCAACACUUCUCUCCAUACUCUUCAGUUCACAUCUUCACUUUGCCACACUUGACUUACCACCAGUGCAUUCGUUCUACUACUGUGUACCAAAGUAUCUCAUUACUCCAACACCCCAUCAUCCCAUCACCCCAUCCACGCCAAACUCCGGCAGCUCCGUCACAUCCAGCGUCAUGCAUUUCUCCGCCCUCCUCACCGUCGCCCUCCUCUCCAUUUUCAACCUCACUUCAGCGUCACCUCUCCAGACCAGACAAACCAUUGAUCCCCCUGCCAGAUACUUCCUUCAAACCAAAGUGGUCAACGGUGCUCACAAAGACUGCGGAACCAACAAGACCAACUUGUGGCUCUACUCAUACCAUACCGGGGCAGGGCUUGGUGAUGCAGCACUCUCGUCCAACAAGUCCUGGGCUUGGCAGGGCUACCUGAACGACUCCCAGCAACUCAUGACCUACUCUGGCAAUCUAGGUGGUCCUUGGCCCCUGUCGAUCGGCUACGGCCCCUAUCAACAAUGGAACCAGGUGGGAAUCAGUAUCGCCGGCAUCACUAGCCUUUAUGCUGGUUUCUUCUUCAACUCGUCUGGGCUCCAAUUCAAUGCCAGCACCGGUGGCUGGUUGGCUUGCGACUGGUGGCAUGGCGUGCCCCAGCUCUUCCAGGCCAAUGGCUACGCUUACGGACCCCUUCCGAACUCCUGCUCCAAAGUUCAACUUCAGCCGGUGGCAGUCUGAUUGAUGUCUUGCACUUGUCUCUUUUCCACGGCCUGACAAAAGCAGAAGGCUAGAGUGGGCCGCAUGUUGUUUGGUAUUGUUCAAGCAUUGCAUUGGGCUGGGUUCAUGAGCAUUGAAACAGGGGCUUGCAUUGGGCAAGCGGUAAUCAUCUGUAUCACCAACCAAUCAUAAUAUUUUGUUCCAAGGUUC